UUUACUUAUGAAAAAAAAUAUAAAAUUAAACUUAAAAAUAUUAUCUUUAAGCUAUAAUUUACUUGGUAAGGUGGGUUGGUUUGAUUUUGGCACUGCUUUAGCUAAGUGUAAGAAGCUCUCAAAUUUAACACUAAAUUUAAUGUUUACAUAAACGUUAGAUGGAGAUAUUUUUGGAUUAGUCUCUGGUUUAAAAAAUGGAUCUAAUAUAUCUAAUAUAACUUUUAAGAAACUGUAAAAACAGUUUAUUUACUUUUUUAUAUUAUUUAUUUAUUACCUUAUAUUUUAAAUUUUUAAUAUUUUAUUAUAAUAUUUAUUGA